AUGUUUUUAACAUUCGUUUGGGACAAAUGUAUUUUAUGCUUCCUGGCAUUCGGUUCAAUUCCUAUUGGGUUUAUAAAUAGAAAAAACAAAUUUAAGAGAAUAGAAAAUCACAAAUAUGCGUUAUACAGCACAAUAGUUAUGAACAGUUUUUUAAUAUAUAUAAAUAAGUUUUUCGGUCUAUUAGGGAUAUUUAAUUUUUUCUUAGGAAAUUAUUUAUGUUUAAUUGGUAUAACAGGAGGUAUCGCAGUGGGCAAAUCAACAUUUUGCAAUUUUCUAAAAAAAAAAGAUGUUGUUGUUAUUAAUGCAGAUGAAAUAACGAAUCAAAUAUACAAAAAGGGAUCCACAUGUUACAACAAAAUUUUAAAGCAUUUUGGAGAGGAAAUUCUAAAUAAUGAUAAAUCUAUUAACAGAACCUUAUUAAGAAAAAUUGUAUUUAAUAAUGAAGAAAAUGUUAAAUACAUAAAUAAAAUUACGCACACAUAUAUCAUAAUAGAGAUAAUUAAGGAAUGUUUAAAAUAUAAGUUUCUACACUUUAAAUAUAAUGUAGCGAUAGAGGCCCCUUUGUUAAUUGAAACGAAGUUAUAUUUAUUAACCAGCCCGGUUAUACUUCUAAAAUCAACCGUAAAUAAUCAAAUAACCCGUAUAUUAUCGAGAGAUAAAAAUUGUACGUAUGACACAGCAAUGAGCAUAAUAAAAAACCAGUUACCGACGGAUGAAAAAAUAAAGUAUGCAGACAUUAUAAUAAACAACGAUGGAGAUUUACUAGACCUGCAGAUGAAAUGCGAUGUUGUUUAUAACAAAUAUUUGAAAAGUUUUUUCUUUUAA